AUGCAUAAUAAGCGCCAACAAUUGAAUAAGCGUAUCAGGGUUCCCAGCAAUGCGGAGGAGCCUCCACAUAAUAGGUUCCAACCGGAAGCUGAUGGUGGCAGAUAUAAAGUACACAAUGUAAGAAUGCUUGUAAAUAAGACAACUGUGACAUAUUUCAUCAUUAAAGGGAUCUCUGAUGACCCCAAGUUGCAGUUUCCAAUUUUCCUUCUAGUCCUCCUUACAUAUCUUAUAACUCUGAGUGGUAACCUGACCAUUCUCAUUGCCUGCCGACAUCCAGUGCUCCACACACCUAUGUACUUCUUCUUGGGUAACUUGUCUGUGCUAGAUAUCUCUUGUUCUACCAUUGUCUUGCAUAGAAUUCUUCUAAACUUUAUUUCUGGGGAUAAAACUGUUCAAUUUUCCCAGUGUAUGAUACAAAUGUACUUGUUUGGAUCCCUUGGUAUUACUGAAUUAUUAAUACUGUCCUCCAUGAGUUAUGAUCGCUAUGUAGCAAUAUGUAAGCCUUUGCAUUAUCACAGGAUCAUGAACAGUAGAAUAUGCACUCUUUUGGCCUCACUCAGCUGGAUGUUGGGGUUUUUCCAAAUCCUCCCUCCUUUUUGUAUAGUAUUUAGCUAUACUUGCUAUUCCUCAAAUGAAGUCAACCACUUCUUUUGUGACCUUGUCCCCUUAAUGAAAAUUUCCUGCAAUGACACGACUGUUUUGGAACUUCUAUUUCUCAUAGAAGGGUUGCUUCCUAUGAUCUUUAUGCCAUUUGUCCUCACCUUCACCCCUUAUAUUUUUAUAAUAAAUGCUAUCUUGAAGAUCUCUACAAGUACUGGAAGACGUAAGGCCUUCUACACAUGUUCCUCACACCUCAUCGUUGUGAUAUUGCUCUACACUACUGUGGCCAGCCAAUAUUUGACACCAAAUCUAUCUAGUACACUGGAGUCUAAGAAGCUUUUAUCUUUAUUUAAUACGGCUGCUAUCCCUAUGCUAAAUCCAUUCAUUUACAGUCUAAAAAACAAAGAUGUUAAAAGAGCUUUAAAAAAGAGCAGCAGCUAAUGUGGUUUUUCUUUAAAUUGAAUAUCUAGUAUUUGCACACAUAAUUUUAUUAUUUAUCAAGACAACAUUUUUAAAAAAAGAUUCACAUUUUACACAACUGAAUGAGCCAGAGGGUGAACAUUGCUUUAUAAUUAAUAUGGAUUUGUAGAGAGUUUUAGUUAAACAGUCAAAAAGUGAGCUGCCACUGCUGGUCUUCCUAGGAAGCCCAGUACAUUUGAAAACACUGGGUGAAUUUACUAAAGGCAAAUUGUAAAUGUAAAUCCUUAGUAAAUGUAAUUGUGAAACAGCUUCACUUUGGAAAGA